AUGGACGUGACCACCCAGUGUGACGAUAGCUGCACGUCGCCUGUCGAUCCACCGCAGCCGCCGGUCAUAAAGUUCUCAACCGCCGCCAACGGCCGUUUCUAUGUGGGACCCGCGUUGUACUGCACGCAGCCUCCACCACCCCCGCCGAGUUACGCUAUCGCUGACCAAUUCACCCAUCCACCGCCACCGUUACCGCGGUACUAUGUCGGAGCCGCGUGGUUCGACGUUUGGGGCCCACCGCCGAUGCCGUGUUGCGUAGUGGCAUCGAAAUUUAGUUAUCCUCCUCCGCCGCCAACCCGCAAACCGGCCAACCCGGCGCCAGCAUUAACGUGGGAAAAACCCUCGGUUCCAGGGCGGUCUUUGGCACCCUGCACCAAGUACAUUAUGGCUCAGUAG